AUGUCUGAAGUAACUGAACAGGUCGAGAAAUUGUCCGUUAAGGAUCAACCACCAGCUGCAGAACCUGCUUCAGGACAAGCUGCCCCAGUCCAGGAAGAAGCAGAAGCACAAGAACAGUCGAAAGCAACAGCAAAAGCAAAAGCGCCAGCAGCUGGUAAAAAGAAAGAGAGUAAGAAAAAAAAGGCUGAACUGUCUAGUGGACCUGUGUAUUUAGACCCUCAACCAGCAUUCCUUGAUGAGAGAAUCAAACUUUUUGACGAGCUUAAAGCUAAGCACGAUGCAGAAAUUGCCAGUAAGGAAAGAAAACCCAUCAAGAUUACAUUGAAAGAUGGUACUGAGAAGGAAGGAACUGCUUGGGAAACCUCUCCAAUGGAUAUUGCCAAUAGUAUUGGGAAAUCUUUUGCAGAUAGACAAGUUAUUGCCAAAGUAAAUGGAGAGUUAUGGGAUAUGCCACGUCCUUUAGAAGGCGAUGUUACUUUGCAGUUUUUGGACUUUGAGCACCCAGAGGGUAAGGCUGUGUUUUGGCACUCUUCUGCGCACAUUUUAGGUGAAUCCUGUGAGUGCCACUAUGGAUGUCACUUGUCGCACGGUCCACCAACUGAUGACGGGUUCUUUUACGAUAUGUCUAUCAAUGAUGGUACUACUUUUGUUACUCAAGAAGACUACCCAAGUUUGGAAACCAUUGCUACCAAGGCUAUAAAGGAAAAGCAAACUUUUGAAAGAUUGGAGAUGACCAAAGAGGACUUGUUGAAAAUGUUUGCAUACAAUAAGUAUAAGGUCAAAUUCAUCAGUGACAAGAUUCCGGAUGGUACAUCUAGUACUGUCUACAGAUGUGGUCCGCUUAUUGACUUGUGUGCAGGUCCUCACAUUCCUCACUCUGGAAAGAUUAAGGCUUUCAAGGUCUUGAAAAACUCGAGUUCUUAUUUCCUUGGUGAUGCUUCGAACGACUCUUUGCAAAGAAUCUAUGGUGUUUCGUUCCCUGACAAAAAGCUCAUGACUGAACAUUUGAAAUUUUUGGCCGAGGCAGCAGAAAGAGACCACAGGAAGAUUGGUAGAGAGCAAGAAUUGUUUAUCUUUAACGAAGUGUCACCAGGUUCGGCAAUGUGGUUGCCUCAUGGAACCAGAAUCUACAACACUUUGGUUGAUACGUUGAGAUACGAGUACAGAAAGAGAGGUUACGAAGAAGUCAUUACUCCAAAUAUGUACUCCACCAAGUUGUGGGAAACUUCAGGCCACUGGCAAAACUACAAGGAAAACAUGUUCUCCUUUGAAGUUGAAAAGGAGACCUUUGGUUUGAAGCCAAUGAACUGUCCAGGACACUGUGUUUUGUUCAAGUCUAGAGAGCGUUCUUAUCGUGAGUUGCCAUGGCGUGUUGCCGAUUUUGGUGUUAUUCACCGUAACGAGUUUUCUGGUGCAUUAUCGGGUUUGACCAGAGUGCGUAGAUUCCAACAAGAUGAUGCCCACAUUUUCUGUACUACUGAACAAAUUGGAACCGAGAUUGCCGGUGUGUUUGAUUUGUUGAAGAAAAUGUAUGGAAUUUUUGGCUUUGAGUUCAAGAUGGAAUUGUCAACCAGACCAGAGAAGUAUGUUGGUGACUUGGAGACUUGGAAUUCUGCUGAAGAAAAAUUGGCCAAUGCAUUGGAUGAAUUCUUGGGUAAAGGCAAAUGGGAAUUAAAUCCUGGUGAUGGUGCAUUUUACGGUCCAAAGAUUGAUAUUAUGAUCAGUGAUGCAUUAAAGAGAUGGUUCCAAUGUGCCACUAUUCAAUUGGAUUUCCAAUUACCAUCCAGAUUUGAGUUGGAGUACAGAACCGAUAGCAACAAUGCGUUGGAGCGUCCUGUUAUGAUCCACAGAGCCAUCUUGGGUUCGGUUGAGCGUAUGACUGCAAUUUUGACUGAGCACUACAAGGGUAAAUGGCCAUUCUGGUUGUCGCCUAGACAGAUUUUGAUUGUUCCAGUUGGUCCUAAAUACUACGAAUACGGUGAAAAGUUGCAAAAAUUGCUCAACAACGAACACUUUUUCUACUGUGACAUCGAUGUUAGUGGAAACACUUUGCCCAAGAAGGUUAGAAGCGGUCAAAUGUUGAAGUACAACUUUAUUUUCAUUGUUGGUGAAGCUGAAGAGCAAAACAACUCCGUCAAUAUUAGAAACAGAGAUAUUCCUGAGGAACAAGGAAAGAAUGAAAUGGUUAAGGUCGAUGACGUCAUCAAGCAAUUGAUCAACUUGAGAGAUGAAAAGAGAAGCGACAACAAACUAGAAGCUCUUUAA